CUGUGGGACAUUUAAUUCUAAAACAAAGUAAGUUGUGUGACAUUGUGAUGAAGUACCAUCUUAAAUCAUGUGACGACCUGAUGUGGUUUGAGUCCUUUAAGGUUUAGGAUUGAUCCUAUUGUCAAAUUUCCUCUCAUCUGCAUCACCAGCAAGUGCUGCUCGUGCAUCAUAAUAUUUUCAGUAUUUCUUUGCCUUCUCUUAGAUCCAUAAUGAGAUAAUGGUGUGGGUUUCCUGCUGUGCUAACAGCAUCAGAAUCACGCCUGCACUCGCUCAGAAGGACUCAGUGAGCGUGUCUGGUUUUCAGUUGUGCAUGUAAACGUAGUGGAUGAAGCUGUAUUUUUACAUUCUAAGUUUACUUUAUUCGGUGACUGCGAGCAAUCAAGACAUGGGAGCCGAACCGACCCAGUUUACAUGGGAAGAAUCUGCGAGCAAUUUUGAUUUAUCUUUGUUCACCUAUUUGUCCAGCAACAAUGAUAGCACUGAUUUUGAGACUGAUGACCCUUCUCCACCAUGCGAUACAACCGUGCCUGGAUUUGAUUCCAUCGCCCUGGUGGUCGUCUACCUCCUGGUGUCUCUGCUGAGUUUGAUCGGCAACAGCGUGGUGGUUUUUGUGGUCUGCUCGAUGAAGAAAGGCAGAGGCAGCACAGACAUCUACUUGAUGCAUCUGGCGAUAGCCGACUUGCUCUUCUGCCUCACGCUGCCGUUCUGGGGCACCUACGUCCACUACGGCUGGACCUACGGCAACUUCCUGUGCAAACUCCUGUCCGGCUUCCAGGAAGCAUCGGUUUACGGCGGAGUCUUCCUGCUGGCGUGCAUCAGCGUGGACCGGUACUUUGCCAUCGUGAGGGCCACGCGGGUGCAGUCCUCGCAUCACCAGCUGGUGAAAGUGGUCUGCUGCAUUGUGUGGCUUGUGGCGGGAUUGUUGUCUCUUCCUGUUGUCAUCAAGAGGGAGAGCAUGUACGCGUACGACCUCAACCAGUCCAUCUGCUAUGAAAACGUCACCGGAGAAAACAGUGACCUCUGGCAAUUCAGUUUGCGCAUUCUGCGUCACACGUUGGGCUUCUUCCUGCCUCUCGCCGUCAUGACCUUCUGCUACGGCUGGACGGCCGUGACGCUCCUUCAGAUCCGCAACCAGCAAAAGCAGAAGGCCAUGCGCGUGAUCAUGGCGGUGGUGUUGGGGUUCGUUCUGUGCUGGCUGCCGUACAACGUCGCCGUCCUGAUCGACACGCUCAUCCAAAGUGAGUCCCUGAAGGUGGAGUCGUGCGACACCCGCUACAGAGUGGAGAUGAUGCUGAACGUAACCCGGAUUCUGGCCUACACGCACUGCGCCGUCAAUCCGGUGCUUUACGCCUUCAUCGGGCAGAAGUUCCGAAACCAGCUGCUGUCUGCCCUCCACAAACACGGAGUGAUCAGCAAGAGGAUCCAGAUGGCCUACAGGAAGGGGUCGGCCACCAGCUUGGGCAGCAUCAGAUCCAAAAACACCUCCGUGACCAUGUAGACCAGGGGGCUCAAACUGGCAGCUUCCAAGUUCAUAUUUUGCGGUCAUUGUCCAUGCUUCUUUGAUGAUACCUUUGUAUUUGCUUUGCGAUAACUUUUGCUAUUGUUAUUGGAUCAGAAAAGUCCCUAGCAACAGUUGCUAGUGUCGUUAGCUCAUCUCGCUUCAUAGGACAUGCAGAAGAUCUUCCUUAGUGGUACACAGACAUGAAUAAAUGUUCCAUAAACUUGUUCAGUAGACAUACACAAUGGACCAAAGACAUAGAGAGUGGACGCAAAAACCUAUUUUUGGCACAAAUGGAACCCCAUACAGCCCAGAAUCUGCCUUCAGUGGCCCCAUCCUAAUGAGGGGAACGGUUGCCCUUGGAAACCUGAAAUCCAGCAUAGGAAUGUAUGGAUCUGUGAAUUGAAGA